UGAAUGACAUGGGCAUUAGCAAUCGAGCAAACAAGCAAAGAGCAAGUAUCGCAGUGCGUAUAAUAGAUCAGCCUGUGAAGAUGGGUGAGUACAAAGCAAGUGUCGCAGCGUUGGUGAUGUUGGUCUGUUUGGGAAGCAAUGUGGGCUUUGGAAUGGUGAUGGUGAAGGCAGAUCCAACAUCAUGCUGCAGCUAUUGCGGCGUGGGGCAUAAUACUGUAUUUCUCGGUGCUGGUCUAGUGCCACACCACUUACCACCUCUCUCACUGCACACCACCUCACUUUCACUCACCACAAUCCUUCACCCCUCACCCACCACCACCACCACCACCACCACCACAACUACCAUUCCUGCUGUUUACCCUCAACUCCAUACUUUUCCAUACGCUUAUUCAUCACCCACCACCACCACCACCACCACCACCACCAUUCCUGCUGUUUACCCUCAACUCCAUACUUUUCCAUACGCUUAUUCAUCCAUCCCUGCCACCACCAUUCCCACGCUCCAUCCUUAAUUCUAUCCAUACGCUUAUUCAUCCAUCCCUGCAACUACUAUUCCCACGCUCCAUCCUCAACUCUAUCCAUACACUUAUGUAACAAGUAGCUAGGUUUUCACAACCUUACUUCAUUCUAAAUAAGUGAGACGAUCACUCUCUCCACAUUUUCUACUU